CAGUCUGUCACAGCAGCUGAGCACCACCACACACUACAAGGACGUGGAGCGCAUUGCCAAGGCAAUCAGCGCCUGCGCCAAGGCCAUCAAGGCGUGCCGCGAUUUGUAGAUCAAGACCUUAGAUCACCAACGCGAAGCCGACGUGUGCCUGCGCAGUCGACUUUUUGCUGGAAUUUGCUGUUCACUAAUUAAACAGUGCUUCUUCUGCUCUUCGAACCUUUCACAUUCAUUACUUUUGACACAAUGGCGACACAGCUCAGCAACAACGCAAAUGACACGCUGCCCUGGGUGGAAAAGUACCGGCCGGUGGAGCUCAAGGACGUGGUUGGCAAUUCAGAGACGGUGGAGCGGCUCAGGGUGAUCGCGCAGAGCGGCAACAUGCCCAAUCUGAUUCUGACGGGGGCGCCGGGAAUCGGCAAGACCACAAGCAUCCUGUGCCUGGCGCAUGCGCUGCUGGGGCCGUCGUUCAAGGAGGCAGUGAUGGAGCUUAAUGCGUCAGACGACCGCGGCAUCGACGUGGUGCGUAACCGCAUCAAGAUGUUUGCGCAGAAAAAGGUGACGCUUCCAGCGGGGCGCCACAAGAUCAUCAUCCUGGACGAGGCAGACAACAUGACGCCUGGCGCGCAGCAGGCGCUGCGGCGGACGAUGGAGCUGUACUCGAACACGACGCGGUUCGCCCUGGCCUGCAACCUGUCGGGCAAGAUCAUCGAGCCGAUCCAGAGCCGGUGCGCAAUUCUGCGGUAUGGCAAGCUGACGAACGAGCAGGUGCUGCGGCGGCUGGUGGAGGUGUGCCGUGCCGAGUCGGUCGAGUACAGCCCCGAUGGCCUGGAGGCUGUGGCGUUCUCUGCCGACGGCGACAUGCGGCAGGCGGUCAACAACCUGCAGUCGACGGCCAGUGGGUUUGGCUUUGUGUCGCAGGAGAACGUGUUCCGCGUGUGCGACCAGCCGCACCCGGUGGUGAUCCGCGCGAUGCUGGAGAGCUGCGGUCAGGGCGACGUUGACAAGGCUGUGGCGUGCAUCAGCUCGCUGUGGAACCAGGGGUACUCGGCCGUUGACAUCGUCACUGCUGUGUUCCGUGUCGUCAAGGUUGACGACAGGCUGGAUGAGGACAAGAAGCUCAAGUUUAUCAGGGAGAUCGGGAUUACGCAUAUGCGCAUUGUCGACGGGCUGCAGACGCUGGCGCAGCUGCAGGGCCUGGUCGCCAGACUGUGCAAGCUGGCGCUGCCGCCCAGCGCCUUUGCCGUGUAAGAGCACCCAGCCGGCUUUCACAUGUCAGGAGAUGUCUGAUUAUUGACUGGGGUGGAGUUGAUGUUACAUCGGUAAUGCAGUUUGAAGAGUGCUUGUAGCGCAAAGUAUAU